AUGGUUCUACUCACUGCCCCCCGGUCCAUUCCACUAUUCGUUAAACUGGCCAAAUUAUUUGUCGAACAAUUUGUCGCCAAUCGAAGGAUGAUUAAAGACUCCUCCCAUCUUUCAGGGAUACGUCAGAACGAGGGUGAAUCUCUUAAAGAGUAUUUUCAAUGGUUUUCUAUGGAAGCCCGACAAAUUCCAGGGGUAGAUCCAGAAUUACUGAGAGGUGUAUUCCUUGGAGGGCUUAGCCUGGGUCCUUUCUACUCGGCACUUAUGCGAGAAACAGUCCAUUCAUAUGCGGAUCUAAUCCACCGAGUAGAGGCCCAAAUCACUGCUGAUGAAGCCAUCAAUGCUCACAGGAAGCAAUUCGAGCAGACAACCGGGAAGCGUAAAAACCCCUCAGGGACGGAGAAUCCCCCAUCACAAAGGAAGAAGCAAGGAAGCUACAAUCUUCCUCCUCGGCCCUCACAGUCGCGACGAGAGUCUCGCCAGGAAAAGGAAUACACACCGCUCAAUACAUCCCGAGCGAACGUAUUGAUGUCUAUCCGAGAUCAGGAGAACGUAAAGUGGCCACACCCUUUAAAGCCCAACGUCAGAAAUCAAGAGCAAUAUUGCCACUUCCACCGUAGCCGUGGGCACACUACUGAAGCGUGUAGGCAGCUCAAAGAAGAAAUUAAGAGAUUGAUUCGACAAGGAUAUCUCCGGCAGUUCAUCAAGAACCCAACAGCCCGAGAAGAAGCUGUUCCAACUGGGGGGCAAAAUCAACAACAAAAACAGUCGACAAACAAUCGCCAAAUGGUGGGCGAAAUUGAAACUAUUGCUGGGGGUCCUUCAACGCCUUGUCAGGUUCUGAUUGCAGAGAACAUAGAACCACCCACAAAGAAACUUCAUGCUGAUCACUCCAUCACCUUCAAGGAGUCCGACCUAGAGGGCAUAAAAACUCCUCAUCAAGAUCCGCUG